CCGGCCGUGACGCGCCGGCGGCGCUGGGAGCGGGCCGGGACCGCGCUCGCCGCCCGCCCCUCGCACUACGGGUCGCGGCUGGGGCCGCCCCGGUGGCGGGGACGCGGCCGCCCCCGGCCCCGCCCUCGCCCCGCCGCUCCGGCCCAAGAUGGCGGCGCUGAGCAGCGGCGGCAGCGCCGAGGGGGCCUCGCUCUUCAACGGGGACAUGGAGCCCGAGCCGCCCGCGCUCGGCACCGGCUACGCGGGGGGCGGCAGCGGGGACCCGGCUAUCCCGGAGGAGGUGUGGAACAUCAAACAGAUGAUUAAAUUGACACAAGAACAUAUAGAAGCACUGCUAGACAAAUUUGGAGGAGAGCAUAACCCACCUUCAAUAUAUUUAGAGGCCUAUGAAGAGUACACCAGCAAGCUUGAUGCUCUACAGCAGAGAGAACAGCAGUUACUGGAAUCCAUGGGAAAUGGAACUGAUUUCUCUGUCUCCAGUUCAGCUUCGACAGACACAGUUGCAUCAUCUUCCUCCUCUAGCCUCUCUGUAGCACCUUCAUCCCUUUCAGUUUAUCAAAACCCUGCUGAUAUGUCACGGAAUAACCCUAAGUCUCCACAGAAGCCCAUUGUUAGAGUCUUCCUGCCCAACAAGCAAAGGACUGUGGUUCCAGCAAGAUGUGGAGUGACAGUCCGGGACAGCCUAAAAAAAGCGCUGAUGAUGAGAGGUCUUAUUCCAGAAUGCUGUGCUGUUUACAGAAUACAAGAUGGAGAGAAGAAGCCAAUUGGCUGGGACACAGACAUUUCCUGGCUCACAGGAGAGGAGUUGCAUGUGGAAGUUUUGGAGAAUGUGCCACUCACGACACACAAUUUCGUGCGAAAAACUUUCUUCACGUUAGCGUUCUGCGAUUUCUGUCGAAAGCUGCUUUUCCAGGGGUUCCGCUGCCAGACUUGUGGCUACAAAUUUCACCAGCGCUGUAGUACAGAAGUGCCACUGAUGUGUGUUAAUUAUGACCAACUUGAUUUGCUGUUUGUCUCCAAGUUCUUUGAACAUCACCCUAUACCACCGGAGGAGCCCUCCUUAGGAGAGACCACCCCAGCAUCUGGAUCAUACCCCUCAGUGCCCCCCUCAGAUUCUGUUGGACCACCAAUUCUCCCUAGUCCUUCUCCUUCAAAAUCCAUUCCAAUCCCACAGCCCCUCCGACCAGCAGAUGAAGACCAUCGGAAUCAAUUUGGGCAACGCGACCGAUCCUCUUCAGCUCCCAACGUCCACAUCAAUACAAUCGAGCCAGUCAAUAUUGAUGACUUGAUUAGAGACCAGAGUUUACGAGGAGAGGGAGCCCCUUUGAACCAGCUGAUGCGCUGUCUUCGGAAAUACCAAUCCCGGACUCCCAGUCCCCUCCUUCAUUCUGUCCCCAGUGAAAUAGUGUUUGAUUUUGAGCCUGGCCCAGUGUUCAGAGGCUCAGCUGCAGGCUUGUCUGCAACACCUCCCGCUUCUUUGCCCGGGUCACUAACCAAUGUGAAAGCGUUACAGAAAUCACCAGGACCCCAGCGGGAAAGAAAAUCAUCCUCAUCCUCAGAAGACAGAAAUCGAAUGAAAACUCUUGGCCGACGGGAUUCAAGUGAUGAUUGGGAGAUACCAGAUGGGCAGAUCACAGUUGGACAAAGGAUAGGAUCUGGAUCAUUUGGAACAGUCUACAAAGGAAAGUGGCAUGGUGAUGUGGCAGUGAAAAUGUUGAAUGUUACGGCACCCACACCUCAACAGUUACAGGCUUUCAAAAAUGAAGUAGGAGUGCUCAGGAAAACACGACAUGUGAAUAUCCUGCUUUUCAUGGGCUAUUCAACAAAACCCCAGUUGGCUAUUGUUACACAAUGGUGUGAAGGGUCCAGUUUGUAUCACCAUCUACACAUCAUUGAGACCAAAUUUGAAAUGAUCAAGCUAAUUGAUAUUGCACGACAGACUGCACAAGGCAUGGAUUAUUUGCAUGCCAAGUCAAUCAUCCACAGAGACCUCAAGAGUAAUAAUAUUUUUCUUCAUGAAGACCUCACAGUAAAAAUAGGUGAUUUUGGUCUAGCUACAGUGAAAUCACGAUGGAGUGGAUCCCAACAGUUUGAACAGUUGUCUGGUUCCAUUCUAUGGAUGGCGCCAGAAGUUAUUAGGAUGCAAGAUAAAAACCCAUAUAGUUUUCAGUCGGAUGUGUAUGCAUUUGGGAUUGUUCUCUAUGAAUUGAUGACUGGACAGUUGCCAUACUCCAACAUCAACAACAGGGACCAGAUAAUUUUCAUGGUGGGACGAGGAUACCUGUCUCCAGACCUCAGCAAAGUACGGAGCAACUGUCCCAAAGCUAUGAAGAGACUAAUGGCAGAAUGCUUAAAAAAGAAAAGAGAUGAGAGACCCCUUUUUCCACAGAUUCUUGCCUCCAUUGAGCUUCUGGCCCGGUCAUUGCCAAAAAUUCACCGCAGUGCAUCUGAGCCCUCGUUGAACCGGGCUGGCUUCCAGACAGAGGAUUUUAGUCUAUAUGCUUGUGCUUCUCCAAAAACACCCAUCCAAGCAGGGGGAUACGGAGAAUUUGCAGCGUUCAAGUAGCCACAGCACCAUGGCAGCACCCACUCUGUUAUUUAAAGUCUUGUGUUCCUACAGUUUCUUAACAUCAAAACUCCAUUCUGCUCCGCAAAACCUAAAGUAAUUUAGAAAAGAUAUCCAUAAGCUUAAAAGUGGAGCAGAAUGGAACCACCAGUCCAACACAAUGGGGAAAAGUACCUUUUUGGGAACCAGAGUCCUCUGCUGCCAGUGUUUCUCCUUCAACACAAACCACCACGUGCAUUCGGAGACCUGCAGUGGCUGCCUGUGCCGUUGGCAUCAUUCCCAGGAGAGAGGAGAGGAGAGGGCGCUCAUGGUGUGACUGUGGUGCUCGGGCGCGAGGGGACGGAGCUGCUGCUGCUGAACUUAGGAGACUUGCUUUGGAUGGUCUGCCGGCCGCCUUUCUCCCUCUAACAGCGUAACCAUCAGAGCCUGAACGUCUGAUGAGUGCUCAUUUCAAAGAAUCAUUUUCCAUUCUGAUCCUUUUUUUUUCCUGGUGUACUUACUGAUUUAUGGACAACGCAGUAUCCCCUUUUCGCUGUAUUACAGUGUCAAACGCCUCAAUCUGUCUGUAUUGGUGGGGUUUAUUCCUUUAAAAUUGAAAGUGUGGGGCAGUGGGAGCUGGAGAUGUUAUUCUGAAGGCAGAGAGGUUCAUCUGAAGGAAAAGGGGAUGCUGUCAUACCUUUUUUUCAGAUUUACUUUACCACUUCUUAAAAAGAACAAACAACAACCACCAUCCUUAACCUUUUUCCUUUUCCAGUAUUUUCUUGGUGUGUGCAUAUACAACAUCUUUUUGAAGGAUUAGGUGGAUCCUUCUUUUGCUGGUCCAGCAACAAACUGAAGCUUGAAAAAAUGUAGCGAGAUUGUCCUUUUAUUUUUUUUUUUUUGUAUCAUAUGAUACGAUGUAUUUAUCAAAGAUGCUACUGCAGCAUCUAAAGUCUGUAGAAAUCCUGAUACAGACUGUGAAUGGUGUGUGUACCUACUUUAAAAGUUUUAUUUUAAACGAGGGUGCAGGUUAAUGCCAGGUACCUUACCAAUAUGUAAUGUUUUCAUAAAUGAGGAAAAAAGUUCUCAGGUUGAAUUGAAUUCAAAUACAAUCCCCCCCUAGAAUUAGACAUUCCAAAAAUUAUGUUUUGGUACUUUCAAGAGCUUUUUUUAAAGGAUUUUUAUCCUGUUAACUAAACGUCCUCUGAUAAGUGUGUGUGUAAAUGUGGAGCAUCUUGUCCUUAUGGCAAGUUGUUAGAUCAAAACAAAACGGUACUUGCUGGAUCCACGCUGACUACUCCUCCUCUCAUUGCUUUCUUCCCUGUCAUCUCUUCCCUUCUGCUUGUCUUUCCCCUCUGUACACUUUGCAAACUAGGACGAAGGUGGCGGUGUCUCCAUUAGAGUGCUUUGUUUUCCUGUCCUCCAGUCCUGGUUUUCAAAUGGUUAGUAGCUUUUUGAAAAGUUACCCAGUCAGGGAAAACAACAACUCAUAGAGUUCUGCACAUCAUUUACCUCUAGUAGAAUAUCUCGUGAUGUGAUCUGCUUGCAGAGGUCUCUGGUAUGUGGUAUUACCUGUAAAUUAUUUGUACAGAGGCAAGGCAGACCACAUUAGAAAGAAACUCAAGCUCAGACAGAAGUUUCCAGAAUUUGAUUCAUAUCAGCCCUGUACCACUCCAGGUGAAGCAGGAGAAAUGACCCCCCUCUAGCAGAGAGGUUCUUGCUGGGAGGAGGUGGGGAGUGUUUAACAAAAUCAUGACAAAUAAAUGAAGGAGUUAAAUGUGUGUGAAUGUGGUGUCCAUGCUAAAUGUGGAUGUACCGAGUGAGGGUGCUGUCCUUCCCUCCCUAGGAAGAGGGCACUGUUCCUGUCUGCAGAAGGUUGCUCCCAGAUGAAGGGAGAAAAGCACAUCAGAAGUAGAAGGUGUUUUUAAUACCCUGGAAUUUUGCGGUGUUGCUGGUAGUCUGUUACGUUUGUCAGUAAAUAUUUACUGGGGCUGUAGGGACCGGACUGAUCUGAAGUGGGAAUUAAAACUGAAAUACUGUGUAUUCAUAUUAAUUCCACAAACAUUAGCAAGAUAGCAAUAGUGAAUGACUUAAUAGUCACUACAAGAAUGAAGUGAUUCAUGUUGGUACAUGAACAGAAUUGAUUUUGUGUACAGGACGCAUUUUAAAAACAAAGGAAAAAAAAAGCACAAAUUUUUUUCUUGUCAGCUGUGGGUCUUCAGAUGUUGUAAGGUUUUUACCUUAAUGAGGUUGGCAGGAAUUUAAAAAGUAGCAAUAGCCACUUUCCAGUGUGGAGAAGCUGAUGCAUAGCAGUGAUAGCAGAUGGUGCAGUUGGAGUGCUCCCUGGUGAUCAUCUGAGGCCAGUACCUGAGGGGUGGAGGGAGCCUGGAGCCACUGGUGGCAGCAGGCAGGUGAGAGCAUUUACCAGAUCCAGGCUCCUGGGGGAAAGGAGUCCCUGCUUCUCCUUUCACCUCGUGCUUGGCUCCAGCCCCUUUGUGGGCUGUGGCCCCAUUUGUACUUGUCAGGGAUACUGAGGUCAAGGUUCUCUCAAAAGCUGUUAACAGAGAAGUAUGGACAGGUGGUUCAACACUCAUUUGUUUCACAGAGCUUGUUAAAAGCUCUUGUUUCCUUCCACAAAGUCAUGCUGGCAGAAAAUUCUCUGUUAGGAACUUCAUUCUAUCUUUGCUUAAAAUGAACUUACUUUGGUGAAGAUUCAUUACCCAUUAGUCUACAAUAUGCUUCUUGAGCCUGUAGGAAAAGCACAAGGAAAAUUGCUAUCCUUGUCCAUGCAAAGCACUUUAUAAGUAACACAUGAUCUCUGGGGUUUUUUUAUUGGGGUUUGUUUAUUUGUAGUUUUGUUUUUCUUUUUUUGUUUUUGGUUUUAUUUUUAUUUCCCUGAGGAAUGUGCAAGUUGUUCGGCUGCUGUUUAGAGAAG